CUACAUAAUUUUUCUCUCAAAAGCGAAGUCGAGUCGUCAAGUCAAAAACACCUUGGCUGAAAGCUAUGAGAGGGAGAACUGUGGGGAUGCUCUUGAGUUUGCCCCCACAAUACUGAGUGAGAAGGAUUUAUAGUGAUGUCCCAAGAGGAACCUAGUGAUCUGUCAGCGUUAGAUUCUCUGUUCAGUAGAUACGGACAAGGAGGAGCUCGUGGGCUGUCAGAACAACGCAAGAAACAGAUCUAUGCAGGCAAACAACAGGAGGAUCAGCAGGAGUCUAGUAAUCCUACCCACAAGACACUGCAAGCAAUCCUUGAUUACGAAGAGACUAUCCCAGAUCGAGAGGUGGAUGAAUUUGUAACGAAGAUUCGUGAUACACGGUUGCUUGAUGAUUAUCCUGAAGACGACACUCUAGAGUCUACUGAGGCUGCUCCAGCUUACAACCCUUGGCCCCUGGAUGAAGAUACCUCUCCUGCCACCAUGGCUGAUCCAUUGAGCGGUGAGAUCUUAGUAACAGACUUACAAAACACACUCAAACCUGAGCCUGAGGAGGAUGAGACACUCGAUGAUGCAUCGGCUCAUCAGGAGGACGAUCCUGCUUCGUUAAGUGAGAGCGACAUUGAUGAUGAGGAAGCAGAAGAUUUGACGGAGGAGUUUGAGAAGGAGAGAGCAAAAGAAGAUGUGUCAGCAGAUCACCAUGGUGGUGGAGAUGCACAGAAAGACGAGGACGGAGAUGAGGAUUUGUUUCCUAGAAUAGAUGAUGAUGCUGAUAAAGACCAAUCUGUUAAAAUGGUUGAUGUUUUAGAGGAGGAAGAAGAAGAGGAGGAGGAUGAUGAGGAGAAGGAGGAGGAGGAGGAGGAUAAGGCGGAUAAGGAGGAGGAGAAGAAGGAAGAAGAUAAGGAAGAAGAUAAAAAUGAAACUGAUACCAGUGCAGAUACCACAGACAUUGAGGUAGAUUCAAGAACAAGUCCUGUGCAAAUAAAUGUAGAGUUGUGUGAAGACUCUCUUGAUAGCACAGAUGGCAUCACAGAUACAGAUGGAAAGACAUUGGAAUCACAGGGUAAUACAGCAGGUACAUCAGAGAAGAGUCCACAGGAGAAGAAGAAAGAAAAUGUUCCAGAUUUUGAAACAUUCCUUGCAGAACUGGGUGUGGAUCCCAGAGAGACGCUAGAUGUCGAGGUCCAAAAGUCUCGGGCCAGACUGAGUAGACUUGGUCCUAUGGCCCAGAGGAGACCUAUGACGAAACGGUUCUCAGGAGGAGAUGAAGACGGAUCUAAAUGGAUGUUCGUUGAUUCAACAGAACCUAAACCACAAAGAUCAAGUAUAGAUGAGGAGGAUGAGGAGGAGAAAGAGACCCCAGUAAAGGCACCUGCCCCUCAACCAGCCAGUAAACCAGGCAUGAGGAAACCUCCAGGAGGAAUAGGACUAGGUCCUAUGGUGCUUCCAGGUCUUGGGACAGCUCUUGGGGGUGCCAAGCUAAAAAAAACACCAACCAGUACACCGAACAAAACCUUCCAGAAGUCUAUAGAGGAAUCUAAAGUGAGCAUCUCAAAGUCAGAACCAACCAGAACAACACCUUUAUCAUCUCUGAAGAAAACCCCUCCCCCUGCAUCAAAGGCUCCUCCCCCUGCAUCAAAGGCUCCUCCCCCUGCAUCAAAGGCUCCUCCCACUACAGCCUCCAAGCCCCUCCUCAUCAAGAAGAAACCGCUAGCCAAGCCACGCCCUGCAUCACAGGCCAUGCCCUCAAAGGAACCCUCUCAGCCUGCCUGGUUGAAAGAGUUGAAGUCUAAACCCAAGCCAGAAGUGAAGGAGACAAAGAAAGAAGAAGAUAAAUUAAACUCAGAUAUCCUCCAUCCUAAGAAGGCGACUCCUUCAGAGACUGCACCUAAGUCACCAUCCUGGAUUGCAAACAGCAAAACAAAGAAACUGCCUCCUAUUCCGUCUUCAUCUAGUACACCAAAACAAGAAGUAGAGAGCUCAACAUCUAACAUACCUGCAUGGAAACAAGAAUUAAUGAAGAAGAAAAAGGCACCAGUACCAGCACCAAGCAGUGUUAAUAAGACACCUGUCAAAUCUCGGAUUUUGCCAAAGUCACCUACCAAAUCUCCAGCUAAACCCCCAAUUGCGAGAAAGCCCGGUUUUCCUCCUCCCAAGCCAUCCCAGACGGCUGGUACGGAUAAGGGUUCAGACUUGAAGCGAGAGGAGGAAUCAAGAGAUGAGACUGACUCCAAGAAGAUCAAGCUAUCUCAGAGUAUGGACUCUUCACUUGAUGAGGAAAAGAUGGAUGUUAGCCAGGAGGAGACACCAGAGGAAACACCAGAGGAAAAGCCAGAGGAAACAUCACAGGUGCCAAAGGAUGAUGAGAACAAGGAUGACUGCCAAGGAAAAGAUGUUGAGAUGAAACAGGAAGAAGAAGAAGAGAAAGAAGAGGAGAAAGAGGAAGAGGUGAAAGUAGUGAAAACUGGAGAAAAGAAAGUGAUUAUUAUAACAAAAGAAAAAUCAGAGAAAGAAGAAAACAAACCAUUCAAACCAGAAGAGCAUAAGGAAACCAUGGUUAAAGAAAAGCAGGAUGAAGAGAAAAUAAGAAGGGAGGCGUAAAUUUGGAAGUAA